AUGUCUACCACUACAACAACAACAUUAAGUGUUCCUCACUCAUUGGUCAAGAGACUGCUUAUUCUAAACUAUCCCAAGCCACAAUAUGUGAUGCUUGAAGAGAGAGAUGAGUUCAUUAAUGUCGUAGCUUACCUGCUAGAGAAAUACAUUGCCAACAAUGAGCAACAGCAACAUCAACUUGAAUCACUCCUGACACCAAAUGAUACAUGGGAGAAGAGUUUACUGAGUUUCCUCAAAGACAAGCACUACUGCCAAAUAGAUAGGAUAGGUGACCUUACAACAAUAGAACAGAAGUGUAUCCUGUUAGAAUGUCUAACAACUCAGGCCAUCAAAGAAUCAUACAAGACCAAUGCUGAUCAGAUACAUGAGAGCAAGUACAAAUGUCUACAAAAGAUGAAGUUACAACUGAUGAGCUUUGAUAGCACACCAGAGGAGUUAAAGACUGCAAUCAUCCAGAUGGCCACAUUAUUUAGAAUACCAAUUGGAGACAGUCUGACACAAAUGCUACAUGCCAUUGUAAGGAUAGCAGAGAGGAAGUUUACAACAGCAGAUAUACUAGCAUUGAGGUCAUCAUCCUCAGGCAUCGAUACGCCAUCAUCCACAACAACCACCACAACUACAACUACCAUUACGACGACAACAACUACGACUGCUUCUUCAUCAUCAUUGAACGACAAUAGUGAUGGCGAGAAGGUGAACAAUUACAUCCAUCCACUUGGAUUCGAUACCGACAAUGACAAGAUGAACUCAGUGGCCACCAUUCUUAGACUCCUUUACGUUUCCGACCUCAGAGAGAUACAGAGCAAGAUCAAUGAAGUACUUGCUAUCGUCCAGAACUACACAGCAGAGCCACAGACCAACUUCAAGCUUGGAGUCGUUGGAAGA